AUCCAAACAUAUACUAGCAGACUAUAUAAGAAGGUAUGGGUUAGAUCAAUGCUAUCAUCACCCAAUUCUACUUAUUCUCUUCUCUUUUUCUCCUAUCCCCCUCAUCAUUCCGCUUAUUUUUGUUGAAUAAAAAGAAAAAAUGGGGCGAUUUAUAUCAGUGUUUCAAAUCUCGUUAUAUCUCAUGCUGCAAUAUCAGGUUAGUUGUUUGUUAUCUCUGUCUACCUUACCUUCCACAAAUCAUUUUUGUCCUCAUGAUGAGAGGCAUGCACUACUUCAAUUUAAGCAAUAUUUUACUGUAAACAAUUCUGCUUCUUCCUUUUGUGGUUAUCCAAAGACGUUGUCUUGGAAUGAGAAUUCUAGCAAUUGUUGUUCAUGGGAUGGGGUGACAUGUGAUGGGCUGACGGGUCAUGUGAUUGAGCUUGACCUCUUUUGUAGCCAACUCUAUGGCACCAUCCAUCCUAACAACAGCCUCUUCCAACUAUCUCACCUACAAUUGCUUGAUCUCAGCUGGAAUGACUUCAAUUACUCCCAUAUUUCAUCAGGAAUUGGCCAUUUUCCAAGUUUGACACAUCUUGAACUAUCGUUUUCCAAAUUUUCAGGCUCGAUCCCAUCAAAAAUCUCCUACCUAUCCAAACUAGUGUCACUCGGUAUUUCUUCCGAUGAUGCUGGAUUACUAAGACUUGAACCACACAAUUUUAGAAUGUUGCUCAAAAACCUAACCCAAUUACAAGAACUUGCGCUUUUGCAAGUGAACAUAUCUUCAAGUUUACCCAAUUGCUUGAUGAAUUUGUCUUCUUUAAGGACUCUACACCUUCCCUUCACCACAUUGCAUGGGGACUUACCACAUGAAAUUUUGCUCCUUCCGAACUUGCAAGAACUUGAGUUAUCAGGUAACAAUGAUCUAACUGGUGUUUUUCCAAUGGUAAAUUGGAGCAGUGGUAGUAACCUCACGAUGUUACAUCUCGGGCUUACGAAUUUAUCUGGAGAGGUACCUGAUUCAAUUGGCCAUCUCAAGUCUUUAUUUUCCUUGGGCCUCUCCCAUUGCAACUUCUUUGGGUCCAUUCCUAAAUCACUAGGGAAUCUUACACAGAUUACGUAUUUGGAUCUAUCGUGGAACAAUUUCAAUGGUCAGGUCCCUUCUACACUCUCAAAUCUUAAGCAACUCACAAGCUUAAUUCUUGUCUACAACAAUCUAGAUGGGACAAUUCCGGAUGGCUUUGGUAAGCUCAUAAAUCUAGAGUUUUUAAUUCUUGGAGACAACAAUUUUCGUGGCCGAUUCCCAUGUUGGGUGGUAAACUUGACGCAACUUGUUGUAUUUGAUGUAUCAAAUUGUACACUCACAGGUCCCAUUCCACAAUCAAUUUCAAAACUUGUGAACUUGACUACCCUCGAUCUUUCAUCAAACAAUUUUAGUGGUGUUCUGGAGUUCCAGGUCUUCUUAAACCUCAACAAACUUGAGUUUCUUGAUCUUUCUUUAAAUAAUCUGUCAAUCAAAACCAGUAGUAAUAACAAUGGUACCUUGCCCAACCUUUCAACAUUCCGUUUGUCCUCUUGCAAUAUAAACGAGUUCCCAAAUUUCUUAAGAAACUCAAAUUAUCUCCAAACACUAGAUCUUUCCAACAACAAAAUUCAUGGUCAAAUUCCAAAAUGGGUUGGGCAAGCUUCAUUCCUCCAAACACUAGAUCUUUCCAACAGCAAAAUUCAUGGUCAAAUUCCAAAAUGGGUUGGGCAGGCUUCAUUUCUCCAAACACUAGAUCUUUCCCACAACAAAAUUCAUGGUCAAAUUCCAAAAUGGGUUGGGCAGGCUUCAUUUCUCCAAACACUAAAUCUUUCCCACAACAAAAUUCAUGGUCAAAUUCCAAAAUGGGUUGGGCAGGCUCCAUAUCUUUUAGAUCUUUCUCAUAACUAUCUUCAAGGACCAGUGCCAGUUCCAACACUCUCUAUGUCUUACUUUUUGAUCUCACACAAUAAGCUCACUGGAGAUAUCCCCUCAUCGAUUUGCAAUUUGAGUUCCCUUGUCCUCCUUGAUUUUUCUCAUAACAAACUGAGUGGUGUAAUUCCACAAUGUUUGGGAAACUCCAGCAAUGUGCUAUCGGUGUUAGAUCUACAGAUGAAUGAUUUUCAUGGGACCAUUCCAACAACAUUCGAAAAGAGUAAUCAUUUGAGGAAUCUUAACUUGAAUGGAAAUCAUUUGGAAGGACAAGUACCACGAUCUUUGGCCAAUUGUAAACACAUGGAAGUGCUAGAUCUCGGAAACAACAAACUAAAUGAUACAUUCCCCUACUGGUUGGAGUCUCUUCCAGAAUUGCAGGUUCUUAUCUUGCAAUCAAAUAGAUUUCAUGGUCCAAUAAACACUUCGAGGAUUAAAGUUCCCUUUCCUAAGCUUCGAAUCAUAGACCUCUCUCACAAUGAGUUCACUGGACUUCUGCCAGUAACAUAUUUCAGAAAUUUCAAAGCCAUGAGACAUGUGGAUAAAAAUAAAACAGCCUUGAAAUAUAUGGGGGAAAAUUAUUAUCAAGAUUCUGUAAAACUAGUCAUAAAGGGGUUGAAUGUUGAACUAUCAAAUAUUCUAUCCAUCUUCACAACAAUUGACUUCUCAGACAAUAAAUUCAAAGGAGAGAUUCCAAAUGUCAUCGGAAGGCUACAAGCUCUCCGAUUGCUUAAUUUUUCUCAUAACUGCCUGACGGGUGAUAUUCCAUUAUCAUUGGGAAAUCUAUCAAUGCUUGAAUCAUUAGACCUCUCUUCGAACCAACUCACUGGGGAUAUUCCAGAGCAACUCACGACUCUGACGUUCCUUGCAAUCUUAAACCUUUCAAUGAACCAUCUAGUUGGACCCAUACCUCGAGGCUAUCAAUUUGAUACAUUUCAAAAUGAUUCAUAUGUUGGGAACGUGGGAUUAUGUGGAUUACCCUUGUCAAAGGAAUGUGGAGAUAGUGAGGCAAAACAUCAACCACCUCUUGUAUUUCAAGAGGAAGGUGAUACAAUUUUUUUAGGUGGAUUUACUUGGAAAGCUGUGGCGAUGGGGUAUGGAUGUGGAAUGGUAUUGGGAUUGGUUAUGGGAUAUGUCAUGUUCUUAAUUGGAAGACCAAAGUGGUUUGCCAGAAUUGUUAAAGGAGAACAACAUAGGAAUGUGAAAAGUAUAAAGCAGAUUGGUUACCAAGGAGGUAUGAGAAGAAAUCAACAAACUUAGAAGGCGUUUUCAGGAAGUUUCCAGUGAAGGAGGGAGGGAGAGGUACAAUUUCAUUUUCCACCUAGUUUUGGAGACCAUCUUUUUCUUGAUCCCAGCAGCCAUCACAAGCCUCUCUGCUUGCCUCGCAUCAGACUGCAAUUGGUUCAUAUGAUAUUGUCUAGAGUCAUAGUUGAUUUUU